AAAUAGAUUCAAGAUGAGAUCAAAUCAUUAGAAGACUUUAAGUUAAAAUGAUAUCCAAAAUGAAGCUGAUUUAUUAUUUCAAAUUAAGGCAUUGUUAAAAUUGUAAGAUCAUGUUCAAUGCAUGAAUAAAAUUUAUGUACUUAAUUUGCAGCAUGAAGAACUUCCAAUUGAUCUCCUAUUUAAAUAUAAAUAAUACGGAUUUUUUGAAGAAGAAUAGAAAAUCAAUCAGAAAGUAGAAGUCUUUGUAUUAACCAAAGAAAAUGAAAACUUAUUAUAGAAAGUAUUGGAUAGCAUCAAGAAAACCUUUGAGAAGAUAUAUUAUCAUCUUGAAGGAUUUUCAUUAUUGACCAAACAUUGA